GCCUGCGCCUCCGCGCGCCUGCGCCGCGGGCGGAAGGUCGUCUCGGUGACCGGCCUGGCGCUUCGAGCAGCUGUCGCCAUGUUGUCGGUUGCCGCCCGCUCGGGACCCUUCGCGCCCGUCCUGUCGGCCACAUCCCGCGGGGUGGCGGGCGCGCUGCGGCCCCUGGUGCAGGCCGCGGUGCCCACUGCCUCGGAGCCGCUGGUGCUGGACGUGAAGCGGCCCUUCCUCUGCCGCGAGUCGCUCAGCGGCCAGGCCGCGACCCGGCCGCUCGUCGCCGUCGUGAGCCUCAAUGCCCCCGCCUCCGUCCGCUAUUCCCACACAGACAUCAAGGUGCCCGACUUCUCCGACUACCGCCGCGCCGAGGUCUUAGAUGGCACGAAGUCUUCCAAAGAGAGCGCUGAGGCCAGGAAGGGCUUCUCCUACCUGGUCACCGCAGCGACCACGGUGGCUGUCGCGUACACCGCCAAGAAUGUCGUCUCCCAGUUUGUCUCCAGCAUGAGCGCCUCUGCGGAUGUGCUGGCCAUGUCGAAAAUCGAAAUCAAGCUCUCCGACAUCCCCGAAGGCAAGAACAUGGCCUUCAAGUGGCGGGGCAAGCCCCUGUUUGUGCGCCACCGCACCCAGAAGGAGGUGGAGCAGGAGGCCGCCGUGGACGUGUCCCAGCUGAGGGACCCGCAGCACGACCUGGAGCGCGUGAAGAGGCCCGAGUGGGUCAUCCUGAUAGGGGUCUGCACCCACCUGGGCUGCGUGCCCAUCGCCAACGCUGGGGACUUCGGUGGCUACUACUGCCCCUGCCACGGGUCCCACUACGAUGCGUCGGGCCGCAUCCGGAAGGGGCCCGCGCCGCUCAACCUCGAGGUCCCCUUCUACGAGUUCACCAGUGACGACCUCGUGGUGGUGGGCUAGAGGCCCGGACGUGUCCCGUGCUCCUCUGGGGUCGUGCCACCUCGGGAAAGGGACAGGGGAGGCCGCCUGCACUUCAGGUGGUCGACGCCGGGAUAGUUAAGGCCUGCUAAUAACGUGUUUGCUAAUGAUAAUGCGAAGUAUUUCUAAUUGAAUGUCGAGUACUUUGAAUCAUUCACCUAAUAAAGCCACUGUUAAGCAUUGCUAGGCCCAGAGACAGGAAGGUGCGGUGUCUUUGACAGUUAAUUCUCAUUAAGAGUCACUAGCUGGUGUGCAAGGCACCUGCGACUCUGUAA